UGCAUUUGCAUUGUAUGGUCUGAAAACUGAAUUGUGACAUGUUACACGGAGCCAUUUCCUGUGGUUCUGCCUUAAAGUGGUGAAAAGGGUGAAGAAUCGCUAACAUGUACAGAGCAUCUGGUGAGGUGAGUACGGUUUUGUAAGUCAAUAUUGUCUUAUUUUCCUCAUUUAUAAGUCACUUUGGAUAGAAGCAUCUGCUUAAUGAAUAAAUGUUUGACUAAUAAUACAUGAUAUUUACAGGAUAAACAGAGCACUUUGGACAACAUCAACUCAAGCAAAAUGAAUGAGUCUUAUUACAGUAACAACAUGAACGCAAGUGGAUUUGAUUUCAACAAGACAUACUCAGUGUCUCCAGAGGUGAGGAAGUCUAUGAGGGUGAUUUCUCUGGUCGUCUACAGCCUGACGUUUCUCCUCGGAGUUCCUGGAAACAUCUUUGUUGUGUAUAUUGCUGGAGCGAAGAUUAAGAGGACCGUUAAUACAACAUGGUUUCUCAAUCUAGCAACAGCUGACCUCCUGUGCUGCCUUUCUAUACCGUUCAGUAUGGCUGAGAUCCUUCUUGGCCGUCACUGGCCGUAUGGAUCCGUCAUGUGCAAGAUUCUCCCCUUUGUUAAAGCUGUUAACAUGUUUGCCAGUGUUUUCACCUUGAACUUGAUUAGUCUAGAUAGGUUCACCCAGGUGAUCACACCGGUUUGGGCUCAAAAUCAUCGCAACUUGUUCCUUGCACGGCUGUCCUGUGUAGUGGCCUGGGUUCUGGCUUUGGUGCUCAGCUUGCCCUUUAUGAUAUUAAGACAAACUUUCACUAAGUAUUCGGACACCACAUAUUGCGUCUAUUAUAAAUAUGACUCCACAACACUUGGAUUGUUGCGUAUCAUCAGAUUUGUGUUUGGCUUUUUGAUACCUCUCAUAUGCAUCACAUCAUGCUAUGGAAUCAUCGCACGCAAGUUAGGCAGGAGUCAUUUUCACUCUGGCCGAGCGUUUCGCAUCAUGUUGGCUGUUAUUGUGGCACUUAUUUUGUGCUGGUUGCCGUAUCACAUGGUGUCCUUAAUAAAAUGGUAUGGAGAGAAAUCAAGUGUCCUAGCGGCUUCGGCAGUGGGUCCAUUGGCCAUCUCUUUAGCGUAUUUCAACAGCUGCUUGAACCCCAUUCUGUAUGUUUUCAUGGGGCAGGAUUUUAAGAACAAAGUUAAACUUUCUCUAAGACGUGUUUUUGAAAGGGCUUUCUCUGAGGAAGGAACGCAAAUGCCACGAUCCACCCAGUCACAGCAAAUGCACCCGGUGUAGUGAAGAUAUGAACUAAGAGUUUUAUCUGUUUAUGUCAUUUUUCAAUACCAAAUCUUAUAAGACUCUUUUCACUUGCUUUUCACUUGCUUUGAUAUAUUUAUAUGUAUUUUUUCAGAAUAAUUUUCUUUACCAAAAUACUCUUGUAAAGUAUCUUGACAAAAAUAUUUUGCCUUUAUUUCUCUUAAAAAAAUUAAACUUAAGAUAUGCAAAAGAGCACAAGUAGCU